AUGCCUUUGUUGCCAAAAUGUUCAAACUCCAUUUAAUUUCGAAUAGUAGAAGAAGCUCACAUCGAACGCGUUGCCAGACGAAUUUGGAUCCUCAGAGCGACGCGAAAGACGUGAGCAAAGAAGAUGUUAUAUGUCACGUGAGAUCAGCCGCCUUUAACUUUUGUUUCGAGAUUUACAGCGGGAAUGAAAGGGAUGGUCUCAAGACUGUCGAGUCAUCUCUUCUCAAGCACGGAGGUACGUAGAAACGAGCUUUCUUUCUGCAACUGAUGUGGGUCCAAGAUGUGGCUUAAGAACGGCACGAAGCCUGCAAGAACUGCGGACGAUUAAUUGGAGAGCCACUGGCGAGUAUUGGCUCAGGCUGAGGCACGGUCAUACAUGUGUGAAGGCAUUGGUAGGGUUCGUGUCCAGGCUGAAUGGGAGCAUACUCCCCUCUCCCGUUUGCACAACGACCGUCUCCUACAGCUGCUCUCCGGAAGGGCUGCAUCAACAGACGCCGGCCUGUCCUUUCCUUCCCGAAGUUGCAUGUAAGGUCUGAAAUUUCCCGUCGAACACGUUCGAAUUAAUCGGCCCCGAUCGCAUCGACUCAUGCCGUGUACGCUGCAAUGACCACUUUUAACGAGGUCUGCGGCAUCGAGGCUGCAUCUCAUGCUGCAUGCCGCAGUUGCACUGCCAUCGUAUUUUGGCAUUGGAACGUGGGGCGGGCGAGUUGACUCAUUCCCCACUCCGAGGCUAUGCCACAUACGGACACCGUCAAGUGGUGAGACGUUUUCGAGAGACCUGGAUAUUCGAAGUUUUAACCGGCGUGUUCCUGUCUGGCACAAUUCUCAGGCUUCAUCACUCCUAACGUUACCUCGCACAAGUAGUGACCUUGCUCUUUGAGCAAAGCUCGAGAGCGUCUUCGCAUUGCGGUACCACCCGGCUCCGUACACUGCACCGUACACAGCACACGCACACACACUCUCUCUCUCUCUGGCUGAACGCCACAACCCUUGCACAGCCGCUCCACCAUCACUACGGCUGUGCUCCACAGAACUCCUCGCACCCGUUCGCGAUUUAGAUAAAAAGCUCAAGGUCUUCACGUUAUCAACCGGCAACGGAUCAACCUGGGCUUGCUCAAUUCAUUAAAAUUCCGCAACCCGCUUAUCACGACUGGAUCUCUUCUUCGUCAAUCCCAAUGGCUCGAUCUUACUUCAUCACCCGCGUCUCUAGCAGCAAUGAGGAUCCCACUGCACUUGAGUUCUUUCCUCCAAAGGGUUCCGACGAACUGCACGAGGCUUUGAAGGAAGCUUUCCCAUAUGAGCCAAAUCUGGCCGCUCGUAUGCGGGCCGCUGUAAUCGAAUUCUUGCUCCAGGAGCAGCAGGUGGAGCAAUUCGCUCCAAUCAGCCCGGAUUAUCUGCCAUCUCCUCAAUCGUCUUUCGUGUCUACCCUGCCAUCUCCUGCAAUGCCUUCCUCACGGACAUCACAAGAAACUACCAUAUCGCGACGACAAUCUUCUGCUGCUGGCCAGCCUACACAAGAAGCUCUCAUGGACGUCUGGUGUCUUCCAAACAAACCUCAGGCUAAAAUCCACACGCGACGCACAAUGACUCCCGAGGAGAAGAAGGCCUAUAAGCAGAAGCGUUUGGUUGGUGCGUGCGCAGAUUGCAAGCGCCGUCGGAGAAAGUGCGAGCACAACUCCUCGGCUUCCAGCACCGGUCCAGUGCCUCAGAAAGUAGGGAAACAUAAAAAGCGAGCAUCGAAUCAAACGCCUAGUUCAAAGCCAGCAGUUUCUGACCCUUUCUCGGACAUGUCGAUGCUGAAUUUCGAGCUUGACAUGCCAUCGAUGGCCAUGUCUGACAUGACGUCUUUCAGUGCUCCAUUCGAACUUGAAACUACUGAUUUCGAUUUCACUCCUGAACUCAAUGUCGAUUGGCAGCUCUUCCCAGAUUUGCCGGCCACCAACACUUAUGCCAGCAUGUCCCCAAUCUGGUCUAUUGACCAUGACAACUCUGCUUACUCUACUCGAGCCGGCCUGAGCCAGCAGCGGGUUAGUCCGAGUAGAGAAUGCAACAACAACAUUUUCGGUCAGGAAAUGCUAGAUCACGUUGAAUCUAACUCAGGCCUGAUCGAUUCUGGCUUCUACGGCAGUUCAUCGGCCGGCAACGCACCAAUCUCUCCAGUGACUCCGGAGUCACUUUCGCCUGUGUCUCACAAACAAUCCUCAAUUGGCUUGUACGACGGGGCUACUCAAUCCACCCUCAAUCGCACGAUCAGUCACUUCUCAACGGGCGCCAACCUGGAGCAGUCACGUGUUAGUCCACGCUCACCACGGCAAGCCACCUUAAUUCAUGAAGGAUCUCUGGACACUUUAAUUCUCCCCGAUGCAACAGAAGGUCCAAGGAUGGUUCCGAUCCCCGCCCCGAACAUAAACAAGCCCCGCUACCGCGCGCCGUCCUCACCUGCAACAGCCAGGCUGACAGCACACUUCCCACCAUGUCCUGGCGACAGCUCAAGAACUGUUGCGGAUCAUGCCAUGGACAUCCAAUCCGCCUACGAGACCAGGAGUGAACACGAGUCCCACAGAAAUGACCAACACACUCCCCAAAGCCAUCGCAAUGGGCGCGAUUGGAACAUUCGCGAAAUCUUCUUCGCGACUCGUGUGCUUUUGCAGGCCAUAAACACGCAGCAACCCCAAGCAUCAUCAAUAAUGUCAUCACCAGAACAUUCGUCAACUGCAGCGGCCUCACAGCCGAAAGAUGGCAAAGCAAACGCACACGAACAGACCGUUGGAACUGGGGAUAGGCGUUCGCGGCAAUCAAGGAAUGACACGCUACGUGUGCGGCAAACCAGUUGGCAGAACUGCACUCACAGAUGCGAAACUAGUCAAAACAGCCAUUUCCUUGCUCUAACGCCAAUCUGCGUUGCGCUGUACGGCACAUAUUGUAUCACCACGCAGUCUGAUGCUACUCCAGCAUUUGUUGCCAGCUUUGCCAUUGGUCUGAUGCUAGUGCUAGUACUGCUUCCACGAAAGGAUCUCCCAAGCAAGGAUGUUUUACCUGUCCGCUUGGUUUCACACGCCUACAGAUUUGCCUCCCAUGUCACGGGCGAAUCUGAAUUUCGAAGCAAAAACAUGCCGUCAAGGCAAUCACCUGUUGAAUCCGGCAGCCACUCCUCGAACGCGUCUGCGUCGCCACGGCGGGCGUUGACGUCACAUUUUGGGCUACUCGGUGCGUCAGCCAUGGUUUGAGAGGUUACACAUGGUGAUGGGGACCUGAAGAAGACGGAAAAGAAACCGAGCUUUUUUGUUUGUCUGUAUUUUGUCUUGUGUACACUCUUCCUCCACCGUGGUUUUAUGAGGUGUCGAGGCUAUCUGCUUUUAGAGUUCAUGUAGUCGUAUGAAAAAAAAAAAAGACAGCAUCGCCAUCAGCUUGGCUGAUUCGCGACGAUUUAAAAGACA